UCGGUCUCCUGGGAUCCUGCGGUGUCAUCGACGGCAGGAGUUACAACCUGGGUUACGUGCAGUCGGCGCCGAAGGUCGCGGAGGGCGGCGCCAUCAGCAUCACGUACCAGAACGGGGACCAGUGCAGCCCCUCGGCGCGCUACUCCACGCGCAUCAUCCUGCAGUGUGACGACUAUCCAGGCUCCCCCAUGUUCGAUCGCAAAGACGGCUGCGAGUACGUCUUCAUCUGGAGGACGUCUGAUGCCUGUCCCAUCAGGAAGUCUCAGGGUUCAGAGUGUCGCGUCCGUGACCCGAAGACCGGCUACGAGUUCAACCUGAGCUCCCUGAAGGGACAGGAUUACCCGGUGAGGAGCGGCAAGUACAUCUACCACCUGUCCGUCUGCGAGGGGCUGCGGAGAGGCGUGUGCACACACGCCGUCACGGGCAUCGAAACCGUCUCGUCCUGCCAGGUGGACGGACAGCAACACAAGAUUGCAGGAAUGGCGAACCAGAUCCUGAGCUACGUGGGAGACCAGCUCAUCCUGAACUACACCAGCGGAGAGGUGUGUCACAAGCUUUACCAGAGGUCGACAGAGAUUUACUUCUCCUGCCACCCAGACAGGAAACCUGGAGUGCCAGAGUUCAUCAAAGAGACUCCAGACUGCACCUACCUGUUCAGCUGGCCCACCGCUCUGGCCUGUGUCCCGGUCAAAACCACCAGCUGCUCCUACAAUGACGGUCAGGGCCUCUCGUACGACCUCUCGCCUCUGGCUCUGGACUCCCGCAACUGGGAGGCGGAGAUGCCGACCGCGAGCACGGACAAACGCUUCUACAUCAACGUCUGCCGGUCGCUGGUGCAGCAGGAAGGUUCGUGGAAGUGUCCGUCCAACGCGGCGUCCUGUGGGAAGGUGGGAGACGAGUACCUGAGCCUGGGACAGGUGGAGUCCGGUCCCACGUGGGACGGAAGCGUCCUGAAGCUGCAGUACACCAGCGGACAGACGUGUCCCGACGGACGCCGAACCCGCAGCAGCAUCAUCCGCUUCAAGUGUGACAGAGACAAAGUGGACUCCCGGCCCACUCUGAUCUCCGCUCUGGAGGACUGCGUCUACACCUUCCUGUGGUUAACAGCUGCUGCUUGUCCUCUGAACAGCACGCAACACGACGACUGCAGGGUCACCAACCCAGCGACAG